UCAGUUUGUGUUGGUCAAAAAGGUUCGUAGGUACGUAGUUUGUGUGAUAGCUCACCGAAGACUCGACCGAAUAUCUCGGAAAAACUACAGUUAGGACUAAUCGCAUUCACGUUACUACAAAAUUACAUUAGACGUUCACAUGAGGAAAUAUUCCACUGUGGGAUUCACCGCUUGCCUAAUCCAUGUCUCGUCGCAAACAGUCGAACCCAAAACCAAUAAAGCGAAGCUGUAAGAAGGAGGUUGGUUGGUGUAAGGACCUCUAUCCUAUAGCUAUAAUUAUUCAUAAACGUAGACAACUAUCGAAGGAGUUAAGAUGAGGGCGUUGCAUAGCUACGUAAAUAGUAAAGCAGAAGAUGAUCUGCAAGAACUGGCUGAACUACUUCAACUACCCACUGAUGUCUUCGCAAUUAAAGAAUCUAAGGAUGGCGAUAUCACUGUCCAAACUGUCUAUACGAAAGAGCCCCUGACCAAAGGAACAGCCUUCGGGCCUUACAAGGGAAGAAUAGCCAAACAAAAUAGUUUUUACUCAAAGAAACUGUACACCGACGACAACGAUUCUAAUGAAGAAGAAAUCAUCCUUCAGAUUGAUGGAGAGAAUGGACUUUGGUUGAAGUUACUGAAGGUAGCAAUUAAUCCCGAGGAAGCCAAUAUCAUAAUUACCAGGGAAGGGAACAGUAUAUGGUGUACGAUGAACUGUGAUGUCGGUAAAGAUGAAGAACUAACCGUUUGGUGCGAGAUUAGUUCACCACUCACGUUAAUUGAUCAGCUGACUCCCAGUGCAAAUAAAAUAGAAAUAAAUCUUCCGAGAUUUUGCCAUCCUCAUGUAAAAAAACGUUUACUGGAUAAAAAGAGAGUUGAUUCACCCACCCUAUUGACGAAACCAAGAAGUUCCUUAAGACUCUCUGAGAAUACAACCAAUAGCGACACUGUUCAUAUCAAGAACAGGAGCCCAUCACCAUUAGCAAGCAGUUCAGUUACAAAUAAUUCUUUACAUAAUGAUGGUUUCCUAAAACGUACGUCGCAAGAAACUCCAAACCUUUCCAGCUUGGUCUUAACAUCAGAAAAGAAUGGUUUCCGUAGAUUUGAGCAAGAAAAUCCUUCAUUCCUAUCGCCAUUUCCUUUUUUACGACCUGCACUAUCACGAGGUGGUCAGAUUAUUUGUGUACCUUUUGUUGCUCCUGAACUACCGAAUACUUUGAAUAAUCAAGAUGCAAGAGGCGUCCACCUGGUUGGUAAACUAAGUGGUUUUCGCUGUGUUCCGUGUGGUAUAGCCUUUAGUAGUCAAAAAACACUUAAUGCUCAUCAGAAGUUUUACUGUUCUUAUCGUCAAGAAAGUAAGAGCGACACCGCGUCAUCGGUACCAAACGGUGAACUUCAAAUUAGUCAAGAAGAAACAAAAGUACCAUUCGUAGCAGAGAACAAUGAACAUACAACUAAUGGGGAAGAAGUCACAAAAGAAAAUAGCAGUAUUAACCAACUACCAGUUGACGUGACUGGUGAGGACAGGAAAGUGGACAGGCAUGAACAAUCAAUAAGCAAAGUUUCUACCUCUAAUCUAGAAACAUUUAGAUGUCCACAUUGUCUGUACACUACAGAUAAAAAGGGUGGGUUAACAAGACAUAUGCGUAUUCACGAACAUCUUGUCAAUUACGCUACCUUACCACCUGCAUCAUUACCUCCUAUUUCCAAGUACUGUUCUGUCUGUGAUAUACAGUUUUGUUCCAUGAAUACAUUUCAAGCUCACAAGCAACAUUAUUGUAGUAACAGGAUAGUUCAAUGUACACAAUCAACAACAACAGCAAAAACUUCUUUCGAGUCCUCAGCUGCAAUGUCCCCAAACUUUAAAUCCCAGGAGUCUUCGGAACUUAUAAACUAUCAAGCUGUCGAUUUGGUGGCAAAAGACUCACUAGAUAAUCUUCCUUCUUGUACGAAUCCUACCCAUUCUCUCACCGUAAUGCCUCACCUCCCAGAAACUGAGGCAGAAUCGAUAACUCUAAACAGUUCUAUGUCUCCAGGAACAGGUAUGGCCAAUAGAACAUCAUCUUCCAUAAAUGAGCCUAACCAUCAUAAAGCUACAGGAAAGUAUAUUCUCCCAGAAGUGAAAUUAUCUCCUUGUGAAAAUUCAAAUUCGUUAAUGGAAAAAGAUAGCUCAGUAAAGUCACAGUUAAAUGACAUUUGCGAUGAAGAUUCGAAGACAAAGAGUGAGAAUGAUAUUGUAAGAAGAUUAUCGUUGGAUGCUUCCUUGUCAGCUGAAAGUGCUGAACAGAAAACAUUAGAUCAUCCGAUUGAUCUAACUAUCAGGAAGAGCAACAAUAAUACCAAUUGUUCUAUGGUAGUGAGUGAGCACAGUCGAUCAUGUUUAGAUGAUAAAAUUAAAGACCAAGUUAAAACUAACUCUACAUAUCUUACAAAAAAUAAACCUCAUCAGAUCUAUAAAACCGAGAAAACCACGCCUUUGGAUGAGUCUAGUUCCGUAUUUCAUUCACCUCAUUUGCAAAUACCGAAUAGCAAAAUACAUAAGAACAGUCCAUCUAAUCCUUUCUCUGAAAUACCAAGGAAUUCAACUCACUCUCAAGUUCUAGUCAAACAAGGAAGUAGUCAAUGCAAAGAAUGUAAUAUCGUUUUUUACAAAUAUGAAAAUUACUUAAUUCACAAGAAAAAUUAUUGUGCGUCGCGUCAACAGAAAACCGCAGCUAAUAAAAUCUUUCCAGCAAAUUCUGUAACACAAAAUACGAAAUCUAUCCAAACCAAGCCGUGUGACCUCAAAAUGGGUUCUCUUGGUUCGUCAAAUGAAGUGUCAGCAGUGGAUAACAUUCCGCAAACUUUGCCCAAUCAACCUACAGGAAGGCAGUUUUAUCAGUUCUUCUGUGUAGCUUGUGGUGUAAAAUUCACGUCACCAAAAAAUUUGAAGGCUCACCAAACAUACUACUGCCCAAAACGAGACCAAACUGCCGAAACUGUACCAUUAGAAACACCACAAGGACUCAUAUGUAGUCGAUGUAAAAUGUGUUAUAUUUCGGAAGAUACCUUUAGGUCUCAUCCAUGCUUUGUGCAUAUACAGAGAUCAAUGUACAGCUCUUUUGAUGCUCUAGGUAUGAUGGGUCACGCUACAGCUUCUUCUGCUAAUCCUACUGAAGCUUUAAGUUUUAAAUGCAUUUUUUGUGGUUAUAUAGGUCAUACAGUUCGUGGUAUGCGCACCCACGUUCGUGCUCAUCUGGAAAGAAAUUCAACGCCACCUGAAGGAAUGUAUGACUUAAGUGUUGAGAAACAGAAGCAUGACGGUAGUGUCCUAUCUGAAAGCCAUCAAUCUCAAACUGAUUCAGGCGAUUCUACAGCUGUUAAUCGCUCAGGCCAAGCUGAAAAUAGAUACCACCUAGAAUCAACUUUCUUACUUCAAAAUGAAAACAAAAGAUUUGCAACAAAAAAACUUCAUGUUAAGAACGCUAGUCCCUCAAAUAUCUCCGAAGAUACUUCUUCGUCGUCUGAACAGGAUGAUAGUAAAUACCGAACUUCUGAGACUGUGGCUAAAACCCUUUGCACUGAAGAUGCUUAUCUAUCAUCAAUAGAUCAGAAUAUUAAACAUAGGAGCAUGUGUAGGUCGCCAGUAAUUGAAAACGAUUCUUCUGAAACUUCACGCAGUUCACCGGAUCAUCAAGCCCAAAAGGAGACUGUAAGUCAGUUGAGAAUUAACAAUAUUCAUGAUGAAAGUUCUAAUACUGUUGAAUCCUCAUUUUCAGCAUCUACUUUGGAAACACGCACUUGUAACACUGAAGGGGUCAGAAGACUUCCAGACCAAAGAGAAUUAAAUGCACGAUCUUCUGAUGAAGAACUAUUCGACCCUUACUACCAAUUAGUUAACGAACAAGCCUAUUGGUGUAUGUUGUGCUCGUAUUAUUCUAAAUACAAAGGAAAUGUUGUCCGCCACAUCCAAAGUGCUCACAAAGACUUCGUCAAUCCAUCUAAUACGGCAAUGGUUCUGUUAAGCAGUUCUACGCUUUUUAAUGAUACUGAUAGAAUUCGAAAGCCUUCUGGUGAAAUUGACCCAUCCUGUCUAACAUCAACUUUAUCAAAAGAAAGUAACAGCCACAGCAAAAACUGCGUCAUCCGAAUAGAUAAAAAACAAGCGGGACUUGGUCAAAAUUUAACCAAAGAAGGGAAAGAGAUUAACAGUUUUGAAAAGAGCUCUUCCAACACAAAUCAACCUAAGAAACAGGGCCCGAAAUUCUGCAAAUCGUGCAAUAUAUCAUUUAAAUAUUUAUCUACAUUCAUUGCUCAUAAAAAAUACUACUGUUCCUCUCACGAUGGGGAAGGCAUUGUUCACGAGGUGUAGCAAAUGUCCUUUUUUACACUGUAAUAUUUUCAAUACUGUUUUUCAAGCAUCCUGUUUAUUAAAUAUGCAUAUCGGUGAUUUUAUGUUAAACGUUUUGCUUUUUAUAUAUAAAUCAUGUCAAAUUAUGAAAUUAUGAAAAAUAUUCGAAAUUCUUCAUUAAGUCAAAAACUUUGUAGAAAAAAAACAACACUUAAAAGCAUUUAUGUGGCCGUUCCAAUAACAUAAAGCAACAAUUACACUGUUAGAUUUCAAACCUAACUUCUUUGUUGUAGAACCUUAAAUAUUUCUGCACGUUUAUGCGUAUUUGUACAUAUUAAUCAUUUGGUAAACUGAAUUCUGAGUUUGUUUCUUGUGUUUUUUAAUACUUCGAAUGUUUAAAUUUAUUGUAUAUAUCUAUAUGAUCCUGAUCUGUAUAUUACCUGUUUGUGAAAUGCAUCGAACAGUAUGUAUAUAUAUGUAUAAAUACUCAAUAAUUGCGUAUUUUGUAAGACUUGUAUAUAUCAAAUUUAAGCGUUUGUUGUCCGUUGUUUUCUAAAUCAAAGCAUAAAACGAGAUAUAUCCUGACACAAUAAAAAGUCUGUUGUUCUGUCGUUUCUUAAUAACAACUGUUUUAAUAUUCACAAGGAAAAUAUUGUAUGAUCAGCUUUUAUGUUUAUAUAUAUAUAUUGGAGAAUUAACUGAUUCCUGUGUUAUAAUAUUUUUUGUCUGUCCCUAGGCUUUUUUCAGAAAUUCCCCAAAAUUUUAGAAGUAUUUCGGACUUGCAUUGAAACUGAAACACAACUACCUACCACUUCUAAUCCUUGUGUAACUAAUUACGUAUUACAUCGUAUUCGUGUCAGUACAUCUGUUAUUACGUAGUUUCAAGUUCAGACAUUUGAACUCAGUUGUUAGUUCUAUAAAUAGUAUAUUGAAUUAUUCUGUUUAAUUUGCAACUUUUUUAUUGCACUUCGUGAGGAAGACAAAGCAUAAUCUCAAACUGUUAUAAUUCAUGUAAUAAAUGUUUAGGCUAUAACACUUCAUGGAAAUUGUUGAAUGAAUUUCCUGAGCUAAAAUUAUAGUUCCAUACUUGAAAAAAUUGGCUUUUAUGUUAAAAUUAGAAGUGCCUUUAAC